CCCCCGCCUGUUUGUCAUGAAUUCUACCAGGAAACACAGCGAAUCACAGUGUGUUCCAGGAACACACUAUUAAGCCGGAAUACAUCAGACAUUGAACCAAGAGCUUUUUGGAAAACAUGUCAGCUUAUAUUUGCGUCGUUGUCCUAACAGUUUCAGCUCUCGGCAGCUCCACAGUAGCAUCAGAACUGCUCAAGAGACCCACCAAUGUCCGCUUGACCUCCCACAACAUGAACUUGGUGCUGAAGUGGGACCCACCUGAAGGAACAACCAGCGGCAUGGUCUACACAACUAUGUACAGAAGCUCAGCCACAGACUACAGAAUUGGCUGUAGUAACAUCUCAUCCUUCGAAUGUGACUUCACCGCCUUGAAGAUCAGUCAGUAUGGAAAUUAUACAGGAAGAGUGCAGGCACUGCUUGGGGAGGAGAGUUCCAACUGGGUGGAAAGUAACUACAUCACCUUGGAUACAGACACUGUCAUUGGUUCUCCCACUGUGUCUCUCUCCUCCAAUGGUCCAACUCUGGAAGUCACCAUUCAAGAUCCAGUGCUCAGUAUCCUUACACUGAGGGAUGUGUAUAAUGGAGUCACCUACAACAUUACCUACUGGAAGAAGGGCCAGAAUGAAAAGGCCAGAAGCAUCGCCAACAUGCAACAGAACCGGGUGGUUCUAAAUGACCUGGACCCAAGGACCAAGUACUGUGUCCAAGUUCAAAUCAACACAGACAAGAACCGUAACCCCAGUCAGCCCAGCAACAUUACCUGUGAGAGCACUGCCAAUGAACAAGAAGCUCCAUGGGUGGCAGCCCUGGUGGCGUUUGUCAUAAUGGCAGUGGCAGUGGCUCUAUUGGCGGUUGUGGUGGUGUAUUGGAAAAGUAUCUCCCAAUUUCUCUGUCCAAAAGAUGCACUGCCUCCACACUUUGAGUUUGCUUUUUUCCUGCUUCCUAGUCUCUGCUGGCACAUCCCAAAUCAAACAUUUACCUGCAGCUGAGCCCGGCUGAGGAGAUCUGUCACCGAUGUAGCAUCAUUGCAGGUGAUAGGACUGUGGAGGAAGGGGAUCCUUUGGAGGCAGCAGGGAGCAGCUGCAGCCAACAGCCUGAUGUCAUAGUGGAGGAAAGAUAAAGGGAAAAUGGAAAAUUUACGACUUCUGUGAAAGGCACAGAAGUAGUAAAAGGAGUAGAUCUACACACUCUGAGAAACCGUCACAUAUUCAAGCUGGGCUUCAGAGUUAAAUGCAACAAUUUCUGCUGUAGUCCAUCAAUAUUACUCAAAGCAUGCGCUCCUGUAAAAUGGUGUCUGGCAGAGCCACAGACCUGUGCAGGUGCAAUACUGAUACAUCAUUCAGGUGAUGUUAUUUUUGUGCUGUAGAGUUCUAAUGUUGCUGACACUAUUACCAAAUAUUGUAUUUACAUGAAGAAGCAUUGCACGGCCCACUCUGAAGAAUGCUGCUAUGGUGCUACAAGAUGUCCAUUAACUAUACUGUGUAUAUUUUUUGUGUAUUGCCAAAACACAAUAAUCCAUAAACUGAUCUUUUAUGGUAUGUUUUGUGAAGCAGGCAAAACUGAAUUGCCGCAAUGUGGCAAUGGUUUAUUCUUAAUAAAAAAUAAAUUAAGCCAGUGGUGAAGUGAGAGCUGCAAAGUGUUUAUUGCAGAACAGGGUAGUUUACACAUUGAUGAAUAAAAUGACUUGAACUUGAAUAAAGUCAUGUGCAAUA